AUGCCUCUAGCGGCCAAGGGCGGUGGCAGCAGCAGCAGCAGCAGCAGCAGCAGCAGCAGCACGAAGACACUCAACGCGAAGCGCAGCAGCAACAGCUGCUCGGAGCAGCAGCCGACGGGGCGAGUCAAGCGCAAUGUGGCUGCCUUGGCGCGCAACGGCUGGCUGCCUCCGAGCUCAGCAGCGGCGCCAUCACAGGCGCGAGGAACCAGGGCCGAGUUUUUGCGUCGCUUUUCGGGCUCUCAGGCCCACGAGGCCAGCGCGGAAGAGGAAGAAGGGUUUACGCCGGAUGACGAGGCUUCCGAUAUACCCGAAUGCGCCGACGAUGACUAUGAGGGAGCAGACGAUAUCUUUCUGGUGCCAUCGUUGGAGGAAGUCAAACGAAACUUGGGACACCUGGCUAGAACGGGCAGGCUUCCACCUUUCAACUAUCGUCGUCCCUUCAUGAAUGCAGACGUAUCCGAGGCGACUUCUCCGUGGCCCCAGGCCAGGCCUAAGCGCCUCGCGAAGCGCUGCCGGCCCCGCGGCGAGGAAAAGCGCAACGUCGCCGCCAUGGCGCGCAAGGGGGCGCUGCCGCGUACAUGAGCGGCGUCCGACAACAGCGCCCUCUUUGCGCCACCUCUGCCGCCACCUGUGUCUCUCUACUGUCUUCCCAGAGGUCAUCUAUGCGCGUCCCAAGAGGACACGAUGAAAAAAAAAUCUCGCAGGCACGCACUGUCUGACGCAAGCCGCGACUUACGCAGGGGACCCUGCCAAUUUCGGUGUUGUCAUCCCCACCUAAAAUGCUGUCACUCUGGAUACCGUACACGCCUCUAUGUAAUCUGCCGGUUGUUCAUUGUCCUUCCCCGGCUUUGAUUGUUGGUGCACCAUAAGCUGUUUGAGUCAACGGGACGCAGUGAUGUAGUUCACAGGGUUCGCUUCGUGCGGUCGCACUGGAAUGUGCUCCUACUAU